AUGUUGUAGUCUCAAAAACAAAAAAUUAACCAUUUACAUUUUAUAUAUAUGCCUAGAAUUCUAUCAAAUAACCUGAAUAUUGCAAUGCCAUAGCUAUUAAUUAAGAAAACACAGCAGUUUUGGUUGGAUUUGAAAAAGAGAUCAGAGUUUUUGAAUUAACUGAGAAUAAACUAUUUUAAUUAGAAAUAUUAAAAGGACAUAAUGACUCUGUAUUUACACUUGAUUUUUCCAAGAAAUAAAAGAAUUCAUUCAUUUCAGGAUCUUGAGAUAACUCCAUAAUGA